AUGGGAGGAAGUCUUGGGAAGAAGAAAGCGAAGAUUAUUAUAGUAGGGCUGGAUAAUAGUGGGAAAACUACGUUGAUAAAUUACCUGAAGCCGCCGAAGGAGACUCUUUCUGAAGUGACACCCACUGUGGGGUUUAAGGUGGAGUCUUUUAAGCAGGAUAAGAUUAAUUUUACAUGAUUUGAUAUGAGUGGGCAGGGGAUUUAUAGGGAGUUAUGGCCUGAGUAUUACUCUGAAGCCCAAGGCGUUAUUUUUGUAGUAGAUUCAGCGGAUAAGUUGAGGAUCGCAGUUGCUAAGAAUGAACUUGAGAUGAUGUUUGAAGACCCAGGAAUAAGGGACAGGCCGGUUCCUAUACUGUUUUUUGCGAAUAAGAAGGACUUACCGUACGCUCUGACUGAGAGUGAGAUUGCUGAGCAGUUUGAGUUAGAUAAUAUUUCGGAUAGAGAUUGGCAUAUUGAAGCGAGUAAUGCGUUAACAGGAGAAGGAGUAACGGAAGGUAUAAACUGGCUUGGAGCUAAGCUUCCUAAAAAGAAGAAAAAAUAA